GGAAGAGGGGAGCCACGUGCGGCAGCGACAUGCCCAAGUCCAAGCGGGACAAGAAGGUUUCCUUGACAAAGACCACCAAGAAAGGCUUAGAAUUUAAACAGAAUUUGAUAGAAGAGCUCCGGAAAUGUGUGGACACCUACAAAUAUCUCUAUAUUUUCUCCAUUGCCAAUGUCAGAAACAACAAACUGAAGGAUAUCCGCAAUGCCUGGAAGCACAGCAGGAUCUUCUUUGGAAAGAACAAAGUGAUGAUGAUAGCCCUGGGGCGGAGCCCGGCUGACGAGUACAAAGAGAACCUGCACCAGGUCAGCAAACAUCUGCGGGGAGAGGUCGGUCUCCUCUUCACCAGUCGCACCAAAGCCGAAGUCCUCGCCUGGUUCACACAGUUUAAAGAGAUGGACUUUGCCCGGGCAGGGAACAGGGCAAAUUUCACCGUUGGCCUAGAUAUGGGACCGCUGGAGCAGUUUCCCCAUUCCAUGGAGCCUCAGUUACGGCAACUCGGGUUGCCCACGGCCCUGAAGAAAGGAGUGGUGACGCUGAUUUCGGACUACGAGGUCUGCAAAGAGGGAGACAUCUUGACCCCUGAACAAGCUCGCAUCCUGAAACUCUUUGGCUACAAAAUGGCUGAGUUCGAAGUGACCAUCAGGAGCGUGUGGCAUGCUGAGACGGGAGACUUUGAGCAGCUCGCAGGAGACGUCGCCGAACAGAUGGAAGAGGGCGAUGCCGACUUGGCGGAAGAGAGCAGCGGGGAGGCAGACUGA